CAGGCCUCGUCACAGGUCGGGCCACACUGCAGCCCGCCCGGCUCCCCAGGCCCUGUGCCCGUUCACGGACUCGGACCCCCUCCGAAGCAUCCAGCCUGGCGCCCUGCACCGCACAGGCUCCGGACCCUGCCCCCUCUCGGGCUGGGGUCGCAGACGCUCUGCGUGAGGAGCUGCCGCCCUCGCGAGCUAGGUGCAGGGCGGCGGGCGACGACGGAACCACAGCACCCACUCCAGGCGCAGAGCGAGGGAACUUCCGCCCCGGUAACCGUCAUGGCAGAGCAGCGCCCGCGCAGUCACGUCACGUCACGUGACGUGGCUCCCCCUCGCCGAGAAGGCGUGAGCCCCGCCUCUUCUGACCUCUCUAUGGUGCUUCCCUGAGCGGGUCCGUGUCUAUGGUUUGCGCGCGGUGGCCUGUGGGAAGGCGGAUGAGUUAUGGCCUAGGGACUGGCCGAGCGCGCGUAGCUGGCCUGGGAGCGGGGCAGCGGCGGGGGGGACCCGCUGUGUCUAAGUAAUUAAGAUGACAACAGCAGCGAGGCCAACAUUUGAACCUGCAAGAGGAGGAAGAGGAAAAGGAGAAGGAGAUUUAAGUCAACUGUCCAAACAAUAUUCCAGCAGAGAUCUUCCUUCUCAUACUAAAAUUAAAUACAGACAGACCACGCAGGAUGCCCCUGAGGAGGUGCGUAACCGUGACUUCAGAAGAGAACUGGAGGAGAGAGAACGAGUCGCUGUAAGAGAAAAGAACAGAGACAGACCAGCAAGAGAGCACACCACAUCCUCUUCGGUGUCUAAGAAACCUCGAUUAGAUCAGAUUCCUGCAGCAAACCUUGAUGCAGAUGAUCCACUCACAGAUGAAGAUGAUGAAGAUGAGGAUUUUGAUGAAGAGAGCGAUGACGAUACUGCGGCUCUUCUGGCUGAACUAGAAAAAAUCAAAAAAGAGAGAGCUGAGGAGCAGGCCCGAAAGGAGCAAGAGCAAAAGGCUGAAGAAGAGAGGAUUCGAAUGGAAAACAUCCUGAGUGGCAAUCCUUUACUAAAUCUUACAGGCCCAGUGCAGCCUCAAGCAAACUUCAAAGUGAAGAGAAGAUGGGAUGACGAUGUUGUCUUCAAGAACUGUGCCAAGGGAAUAGAUGAAAUGAAAAAGGACAAAAGAUUUGUAAAUGAUACUCUGCGAUCUGAAUUUCACAAAAAGUUCAUGGAAAAAUACAUCAAAUAGUACAGUUUUAUGUGCUCCAUUGCUGAAAGACUCAAAGGUUCAAGGUGACUUCCCCUCUGUGGUGUACUUCCCCCCUCCUCCUCCCCCCCGCCCCGAAUGAUGGCUGAAAAUUGUCUCCUGCCAUGAAUUUCCAAGUGCUUUUCCAAGGUCAUUGACAACUUUUUAAUUGUCGCCUUGUAUCUGGAGUGUUUUAUCCUUUUCAGCAUCCUUUUUUGUUUUAACUAAACCUGUUUCUGUUUAAUUCAGUAGAUAUGCAUUUACUUUUAAUGGCCUUCAUGUAAAUGUUGCAAGAGACUGGUUUGCAAUAAAUACUUUAAUUGUCUAAA